UGAAAUUCGGGGCUUUCUGAAAUGAAAUCGGCUCGCAAAGAUGUAAACAUUGUGUAACAUAGAUUUUGAUCAUACAUUUAUUCAGUCGCGGUCGCAUUUAUGUUUGUCGCCGCAGUUGACUUUCUCGGCCAUGGAAAUUUAUUAAAAUAUUUUAAUAGUAUAGUGCUUAUCUGAACUUUUUUUAACGAUGUAUGUCUAAAAAGUAAUUGUAAUUCAGCUGCAUGAAGUAUGAUAUUUUUGAUUAUAUGAAUAUCGAUUAUUGAGUUAACCAAAUAAUGUGAAACAGUUGAAAAUAUGUCGCUGCUUAGAAGAACUCUGAAUAAAAAGUACUGUUCAAUCUUCAACAUUACAUUAUGCAGUGUUGAAUCUCGUUCUUACGUUCAUGUGCUGCCGAAACUAACGUUACAACCCCUGCAGUCAUGUUGUAGCCAUCCACGAUUCAAUCAUGGCCCACCCAAAUGCUGGCAAUGUGAUUUUCCUCACAAAUCUGAAUUGUUUUGCUCCAAAUGCAAGGCGUUACAAAAGUUACCACAAGAAAUGAAUUACUUUGAUAUUAUUGGAGUUGAAAAAAGCUUUGAUAUUGAUGUCAACACUGUUAAACAGAAGUACAAAAAAUUGCAAGGACUUCUGCAUCCAGACAAAUAUGGACAAAAAUCAGAGGCUGAGAAACAAAUUUCUGAAAAUCUGUCUGCUCUGAUCAAUAAAGCUUAUAGUACUUUACUGGAUCCAAUGACAAGAGGAUUUUAUAUGCUAAAACUGCAAGGAAUUACAUUGUCAGAUGAAACAAAUAGUUCAGAUCCAGAAUUUCUCAUGGAAGUUAUGGAAAAAAAUGAAGAAAUAGAAGAAGCAUCCAAAGAUAAAGAUGAAGUCUUUAAAUUUCUUGAAGAAAACCGUGCAAAGAUACUGUCUUUAACCAAAAAUAUAUCAGAUGCUUUUCACAAUAAUGACAUAGAUCAGGCUCAGAGACAGUUAAUAAAACUAAAAUACUACAUUAGUAUUGAAUCUAGAUUGAAAAACCUUAAGCAGUCUCUUGGCAUUGUGGAAUAAAUUUUUAAUAAUUGUACAUA